CCUGGAAAUAUUCAACGAAAUUCAAUGUAAAGGAAAUUCCAUUUCGUGUUUCGUGUUUCGCGUUUGCAAUUAUUUGGCAACGUCGCGCAUGCGUUCAGUUCGGUUUGGCUUUUUUAAUGACAACUUAUCUGUCAUACUUGGCUACGUCUCUGGCUACGAGUACGAGUAAUAUGUAGGUUGCCUGCCCCAGCCAGACCGACCGUCUGCAUGUUCACCUGUGCCUGACCGAAACAAUGACGACCCCCAGAGGAUGGAAUGGAACUCGAUACGGGGGAACCCUUAGAACAUUUCACAUGCUGCCGCCGCCGCCGCCGCUUCCAGCUUUGUUUGCAAUUGAUCCAAGCCAGUUUCCACAAAUGGAAUGCCUCAGCCGACGACACUGGCGACUUACGGCACAGCGCACUGAUUUUGGACACUUCGCACUCAUGGAGCCAAACGGCAGGCCAGGCCAGGCCAGGCAGGUGUUGCGUCGUCGCACUCUGACAAAAUGCCAGCAGACACAAUGCAGACCACUGACCAGGCAACGGUUGCACGGUUCGACUACCAGAAGACGAUGCCCGCUCUAGAGGACGACGCUGCGGGGGAGGAUAUAGAAUCGGUCUCGUCUGUGGCGGACAAUCUGUCGAUUUGGAUUGAUGGCGAGGAGCACUGGAUAUCGGGCGUGGAUGGGAGCACAACCUGCGCGGAUCUAAUCUGCGCAUUGCUCAGCUACCAAGACGAUCCGCAGGAAGCAGGACCGCCAAAUGCAGAUCCCCUGAAGCCAACGGCGAACAUCAAACAUCCCCCGCCAGCGAUGCAGGAGUACGCGAUUGUGCAGAAGCAGCGGCACUACGAGGAGUACCUGGAUGGCAGUGCCAGACUCUUUGAUGUUAUCAGCAACCGUCAUGCCUCGCCAAAGGAGGAAUGUCAGCUCCAGCUACGCCAUUUAGCCACUUCAUCGGCGAGCAAACACACCCCGACAACGGACAAGGACAGUGGAAUGGGCAGUCCCGUGGACAGUUCUCGUAGCAUGCGCUUUCGAAGAAGGGGAAAGCACAAGGUGCUGCCCUCUCCCAAGCUGCCGAUGGCACCAGAUCACUGGGGGGGAGAGGGCAGAGCCAACAACCCCAAGCAACCAAAGAGAAGCCGGAAAUUGCAGCAGAGGAACUGCCACAUGACUCCGAAGGAGAGUCUGCUGACCAUCAUUCUGGCCCAGGACGAAACUAUACUCCAGCAGAUGUCCAUGUUGCACGAAAAAGAUCGACAAAUUUUGAAAAUCGAAGAGGAGAAGCAUCGAGUGCGUGAACGGGAGUUGGGUAAGAACUACCUGCUCGAGACGUACUUGAAGGACUUGGACGAGCCGCAGGACAAUAGCCCUACUAUAGAAGAAGUCGAUGCGGAUGAACCAGACGCAGAGGAUGUUCCAUUAUGUACAGAAGAUGAUUAUAGAGCGGACACUGCUUGGACGCCAAACGAUGCCGAGGUCAACGACGAGAUCCGAGUGUACUGGCUCGAAAAAAUUCAUGCCGUGAACAAACAGCUCCAGCGGGAGGAGGAGCUGCUCCUGAGUCUGCACGCCAAGGUGCGUAGGCAUCAGGUGAAGCGGGCGUAUCAGACAAAGAGUGAGGUGAUGCUGCAAAUCGAUCGACUCGAUACAGAGCUGUCGACACAGGUAGCGGAUAUCCACCGAGUGGAACGGAAAUUAUUCACGGCCAACGAGCAGCUAAAAGCCAAGCUGGGAGUGCUCGAAUGUUUGGGUCGCGAAUUCGAGACAACAGUAGCCGUUGCCGGCAAUGAUACUCAUAAAGAACCCACAGCCCCAGCUACAGCCACUGAAGCCGUCGACACCAACGAAGAGGUCACCGAGGCAGCCAAAGUGGCGAAAUUAAUCCAAUCUUCAAUGCGUGACGUAGAUGAUCUCCGUAUGUCCGUUAAAUUGCCUCCAGUAUUAGAAGCAGGGGGAAAUCACAGAAACACAAACCGCAACCACAAUCGCUGCCUGCCCCCCCAGGAAUUGGCCGAAAAGAACUUGAAUGUUCGAUAUGUGGCCGACAAGGGCUUAGCGAAGCAGAUGUUUACCACGAGCAGUAUGGGACACACCCUCACCCCUACCUCACCAGCAGCAGUGGAUGCCUACAGUGGAGGAGAGAUUGGACCCAUAUUAGCAGUCGCACCGGAUAAGAUCUAUGCAAAUCCACUGAGAUCAGCGCUAGAUCUACAGCACUUGGGCACCCUCGUCUAGAUUGAGAUUGAGGUGAGCGACUGGAGGGGGGUGGAGAGAAGUGAAGGGUGGAGAAUCGGGGGUGCAAUCCAUUUAAGAAUCUCGUGUAACGUAUUUUGAACAUCCGUACCAAAUUGUUGUCAACUAACCAAAUAGAGAUUUGAUGUUUUGUUAAUGUUUAAACAUAAUUGUCCUGUGUCCGUGUUGUGUAUGUGCAUGGAUGAAUUGUUUUCGUGGGGCAUGGGCACUAAGCACAAAAAUAAAGCCAAAAUGCAGGUAGGCGGACACCGACUUAA